AUGUCUAGGACGUUCCGGUUCUUUUCCGAGCUCUUCAAGGUGGCUCCAGCCUUUCUGGGCGCCUAUCUCCUUUACUCCUGGGGAACACAAGAGUUUGAGAGGCUGAAGAGGAAGAACCCCGCUGACUAUGAAAACGACCAGUAAUAGAGCUAAUAAGGCGAUUGUUACCUCGCUGUGUUAUCAACUCCGUGUUGCUAAGCUUGUUCACGUGACUAGAAGGGUAUUAAGAGGGAGACGAGUCUUGUCUAAUAAACUUUAACUUUGCCUCAUGA